ACAGACGACACUGGGGGAUCAGCUAUGGGCUAUUCACCUUUAGUAAAGCGGUGUGUAUGAGCCAUUCAGGGAACUUGUCUUCUAAACGUGUCCUGGGAGCCUUUCGGUAGUUAGUCAAGGGUGUCAUUUGAUAGUACCACCUUACCAGUUACGAUACCGACUACACUCGCCGACAAACAGAGACGUUUUACCAGAGACCAGAACCAUGUUUUGAAAUUUCUCUACGGAAUGCCACUGAACAGGAAAUCCGUUACCUGUACAGCUGUGUUUCUUGGGUUUUAUUGUGAACACACAUUCAAGAUAGAGGAAUUGUGAGGACAUUAUUCAAAACAGAGGUAUCGUGAUGAUUACUAAUAUAAAACCAAAUAUCCGGCAUUGAACCCUUCACAGCCACAGCCUUUGUCGCCACCUGGUGUAUACGGAUGAGUGAUACGCGCAAUAAUUUUCGUUGAGUCUUACACCUUGGCCGUCUUCAGGCAUUUUUAAAGUUCAGCUGUGACUGAAAACAGAUACCAUGGAAAGUUUUAAUUCCCGCUUUGGAUAUUAAUAUCGAGAUGGAGACCACAGCUAUCAUCGGUAUCGGUGUAGCGGCGGGGGUUGUCUUCCUGGCCUCCGUCAUGAUUCUAGUCUACUGUCUUUGUUUAAAAAAUCGCUCCCGUGAUAAGGAGCAAAAGAGUCCGAGAAACAGCUCCGGAAGUACCUUUAUUCCCAAUGAUGGAAUGCCCUCGACGUUACCCAAAGUGGGCAGUAACGGCCUGUGGAUCCCCAGUCAGUCUAUGUUGUCUGCCAGCCCGUCAUCCGCUUACACCCAGGCCAAGCCUCAGAGUAAGCCCCCGAGAGACAUCUUGUACAGGGCGGCCUCCGAGCCACGUAUGCUAGACGGCCAUGAUCCUGGACGGGGCUAUCAAGGUAACCUGCGGAUCUACCACAGUCAGCAGCUGGCUCCUCUCUAUGAGGUGUAUGAACCUGGACGCUAUGACAGAUACCUGGGAAUGUUUCCAAGUAGUGACGGCCUCUGCGAAGAUGGCAGAAUGUAUCAUUCACAAGCCAUGCUUAUUGAGAACGGCUUUCAGAUGAACAACGUCUACGAGAAGGAAGUUGACGAUGGUCGCCCGAGAGUUCGACGCUCCGCCAGUGACCUCACGUCACCUGGCCAAAAGCACAAGCAGCGGCCGAGAUCAAACGAUGAGCGAGGGAUGCCAUAUGUGGACAAAACAUUCAAGGCUGUCGUGGAAGUUCAUCAACACAGACAGUUACCAGUGCGCAGCUACUGGGGUGCGAACCGUGGUCCGAAUAAGGAACGUCUGGGUGGCCCCCGGGGGAAGUCAGCAGCCAAAGAUGGUGCGGAAUACGUCCAGGACAACACCUUGACCCGCCAGUCGCAGAUCCCUGUCGACCAGUUACAACCAGGUAGCUCGAGGACAUGGGACCCAUCACUUGGGUAUCAUACCACAGACAGCACUACCAGCACCACCAUCUACAGCCCGGACACAGGGGAGCCGUACACGGUCGGCUGCCGGCAGGCGUAUUCUGAUCCUACAGAGGAGAAUUUCAAACUGGAACUGACGGCUUACUCAUCACAGAGCAGCAAACCAGCGAGCGUGGACCAGGGAGUCCAGGUGGGACCAGAAACACCCGACAUGGCCAGGGCAUCGGCAGACAACACAGUGUCUUCCAAACAUACAGACGUAGAAGAAGAUGGCGGAUACUUCACCUCUUCCGGUAGGACAGAUCUGACCUACUCUAAGGAAGAUAGGUUCAGUAUACCCAAACCUGUUCCCGAUCACGACGGAGCCAGUGAUGUCACAGACUUAGCUAGUAAAGGUAAACAUGUUACUGCCGAGGCCUUCCAGUUCCUGGAUACUUAUCUCUCUGAUGAUGAACAUUCUGUGGCUGUAGGAUAAUGAGGCGCAAUGGUGAGGGGAUCUUUCUCAUCUUAGUGCUCCAUCAGAAAGGCCGACAAAGAUGGGUGUGAGACAAUUAACCAAGAAACUAGUUUUCCCAAACGUUUGUGUCCGAGGACAUGUCUGUGUGGACAGAAACAGAAAUAUCACAGCAUUCAGAAACUGGAACCAAAGCUGUGAUACCAGUUCUAUGUCGAUGGCACUUAGUUUGUGUAAGACAUGACGCGGUCGUUCCUUGGACUCCAUUCGCUCUGACCUGAACAAGGUUAACAGGCCCUUCCAGGAUGGACCUAAUGAUUUUUUGGAUCUUGACGGAAUUUGAUAGCAAAUCUUCUUUAAUGUGUGGAAAUUUUGGCCAAAGAGGUUCGCAAAGACGGAAAGUCCACCAGUGGUUCAUUUUAAAUACAAAUGCAUCGUUGUGUACAGAAGGUUGUCAAACUUGUCCGCAGUCAGUGGUGCUGAACAUUCAUGUCUUCUACCAAUAGCUUCAUAAACAAGCCGAUCAAGUUUUGAUGCGAUCAUACGUAGAAUGAAAGAUUUUCCAAUUUUGGUAUAGUCAGUUAUCAUCAAAGACUUCGAGAUAAAAAUCAAAUAGCAGCAAGUGACGGGUUUUUAAACUAAUAGAGGCAAAGUCGCUUCGUUGUUUGGGAUUCGAUGUGACAUAUACUACUGGAACUUUGCCAGAGUGACAUAAGACGUGCUACUGGAUGUAACGUACACCGUAAUUAGGCCUAUGUGUUAUUGUAGUUGUAUGGAAGAUACAGCGGCAUCUUGGUCAAACUUAUCACACGCUACUUAAAGGAUAUACCUCGCCUGUAGGAUCCUGAAGAAUCAGUAUUUCGGCGAGAGUGAAAAAACCUCUCAAUAAUUAAUUUAUAAUCGCGUCUGUAAAGUAAGCUUAGCAUUACAGUAUGGCCCAGGUACAUUUCCGUGUGCCAGUCACACGACCUUAAUGCAUAAAUCAUACCAUACAUGACUAAGGCUGAGACGUCCGGUCUUUACGGGUUACACCAGCGACAAUACGCUGUCACCUGCCACACGAGAGGACAAUACGGCCAAUCAGAAACGCAGUUACACAGCAAACCAGAGCAAUCCGAUCAGUGGAGAGCUUACAACAGAGUUAAUUAUCAUGAUACGCAAUUCACAUCCCUGUGAUCAGUAUGUUUAUUUAUACUGUUUAUUUUACAUACUAUAUCUUUUAUACAUUAUGUUAUUGUAUCCUGCAUCAGACAAUGUACAUGAAUAUUUUACGCGCAUAUAAAUGAAGGUGUUUUUAUUUCCGGAUAUUGUGUUGAUUAUGUUAUACACGUUCGCAUCGUGUUACAGUCGCUUCUUGACAUCCGGCACACCUAUUAUUUACAUGCUGACGUUUUUCCGCAGGAUGCAUUUACAAUUCUAUUCUCGUCAUUGGAGUUUAAUAUUCUAGACCCAUAUGUAUGAAGAAAAGAAUCUUGUUAUCUCCUGAAAUUCGAGACGGAUACGAGGUGAAUGUCUUCCAUCCGUCAGGAAAGCCAUCAAUCAUUUUCACACCUGUCAUUUUCUUACUGUCGAAAUGUUUUUGUUACUGUCGCCAUUCUUAUCCGUUAAAGGUGUCAGAAAAACUCUGAAACUGUUGAAACUAUAGCGGCCCAACUCGUAUUACAGGCUUACUGGUAUUACAUGCUAUAUAGUACCGUAGUAAGCCUACAUGUAAC